AUGCGUCUCCCGACGCUAGUGCUGCUCGCAGCGAUCGGUAUCUCUGCCCAGGAUGUCCCUGAGUCGUCUCCAGAGGCUACCACUCCCCCUGAAAUCUCCACUGAACGCCUAGACCGCUGCACGACGCUCGGAUUCGAUGCUGACGCCCUGGACUGCCAACUCUGUGACGACUUAUCGAGUUUCUUAGCGCCCAAAGCGUCGAAGAAGAAGUUAAAGCAAAAGAGCGUUGAAAAAGUGACGAAAGAAUGCAAGGAAUGCUGUUCAGACUUCUCCAAAGUGCUGGAGGCUGAAGGGCGACGAUACCCUAAAGUGGUAUUGGCAGUGGACCCACGCCGCUUGAAGAGGUACCCUAAACUGGCAAAUUUUGUGGAGCACCAGGCUGAGCAGAUCAAGCGCCUGGAGGUGCAGGAAACCAAUCCUAGACUCCCCAUGCUGCAGUUCUUUGAUGAAGAAGGAGCGAAGACCGAGGAGAUCAGUGUGGCCCAUUGGGACGAGAAGUCCAUUGCCGAGUUCAUUGAGAAGAAGCUGCUGCCAGAGAGAGAGAAGGAAGAAGAGAUCGUCGAGGUGGAAGUGGAAGCUGACAAGCCUUAA